AUGGAAACAACUUCAUUUAACGACUUUAUCCAACGAUAUAACACUCUCCAAGCUUACGAAGCUUCAAAAGACAAACUCUUACAGGAUGUUCUUAUCUACUGUAAAGCCAUAGAAUCCGACACAGACAAGGAGAACAAGAAGCUUAAAGCUCGAUUGAACGAAGUAGAGCUCGACCUCAAAGCGGCGACCAAAACUAGAAGAGAUUUACAGAAGACCCUAGAGGAAGCAGAGUUACAAGUCAAAUGGGUUAUGCGCCAAAAUGAUGAGAUCAAGAAUACCAAUUCUUACGUUUUGAUAUUGAUCGAUGGCGAUGGUCUCUUGUUCGACGACAGUUUUACGAAGCAAGGCCUCGAAGGUGGAAAACUCGCAGCCCGCGCACUUCGAACUGCGGUAGCGCAGCUUUGCAGCCAUGAGCGUACUGGUUCAUUAGAGAUUAUCUGUCGCGUUGUGGCCAACGUCGGGGGACUCAGCAAGGCGCUGGCGAGUGAAGGCUGCAUUGAGAACCCUAACCAGUUUAGAGAUUUCACUCAAGGCUUUACACAAGCCAAAGCAUCUUUCGACUUCCUUGAUGUUGGUUUUGGCAAAGAGCGGGCUGAUGCUAAAAUCCGAGAAACGGCACGUUGGCAUCUGGGCAACCAGAAUUGCAAGCAUAUCCUUUUAGGUAUUGGACAUGAUUCGGGAUACGCCCCUUUCCUUGAAGAGGUGGUUCAUGAUGAUGACACGCGCCAUUGCGUGUCUUUAAUUAAAGGGCCGCCACUUGUGCGCGAAUUGGACAGACUCCAAAUGAACAUUAUCGAGUUUGACGACAUCUUUCGCCCAACUAAGCUUAUUAGCGACAAAACCUCAGCUCUGGCAAUGGGCAACAACCGCACACUGCCGAUCAAAACCCAUACCACGGCGACGACCAGCAUGCCACCAACACAGGCAGCUGUCUUGACACCUGCGACCAGUACUGCAUCCUUGUCGCCUCCAAAUAAUUCUUGGGCCAAGAUUACAAAGAGCGCUACUCCACCACCUCAACUGACUAUGCCUUUGCCCCCUAAGCAGAACAAGAGUAAGGCUGCUGCCAGCAAGGCACCAACACAGCCAGCCUGGAGCCCCGGGCCUCGUGGUAUCGAUCCCACCGUUACGGUUGGUGCAUCAGCUAUGGAGAAUAUUAAACGACGAGCCGGAAACGAGAAACUUUGCAACAAUCAUUAUCUUCGUGGACCAUGUGGCAGAAUGGACAUUUGCCCCUUUGUCCAUAAUUACAAGGCCACCCAAGAUGACUUGCUCGCACUCGCAAUGCUGUCACGUCAAAAUCCUUGCACGGCGGGCCAAGAGUGCGACGUGGAUGAUUGUAUUUAUGGUCAUCAUUGCCCGAAUGUCCUUAAUGGCAUGUGCACACGACAGUAUUGCCGAUUCCCAAGGGAUGCGCAUCCACCAAACACCAAGUUUAUCAACAAGAAUAUUGAUGUUAACUAG